GAUCACACACUUUUCUCGUUUUAGAGAUGGAGGCUGAAGCCAGCAGAACAAUAGAGGUGGCAUCCCUUGGCCGACCGUUCAGCCUUGGGAUGCUGUACGACUGUCGUCAAGAUACACUUGUUCCUGGCAUAACACUGUGGAACCACAGUGACCUGGAAAAAAACACACGAGAAAGACCAAAACCUAACAGUGACUUUGAGAUAGUUGCCUCUGAAUCAAUUGAGGACAAAUCUUCAGCGCUAAAGGUUGAAGCCUCUCUGAAGGCCAGUUUCUUGGGUGGACUUGUAGAGGUUGAGGGAUCAGCCAAAUACCUGAAUAAUCAUAAGACCUCCAAAAAUCAGGCCAGAGUAACACUGAAAUAUAAAACUACCACAAAGUUUGUGGAACUGUCGAUGGAUCAUCUUGGAAGAGGCAAUGUGAAGCAUCCGUAUGUCUUUGAUAAAGGAUUAGCAACACAUGUAGUCACUGGUAUCCUUUAUGGGGCUCAAGCCUUCUUUGUCUUUGACCGUGAGGUGUCUGAAAAAGAAGAUCAUCAAGACAUUGAGGGUAACCUGAAGGUGAUGCUAAAGAAAAUUCCCUGUCUUGCUAUAGAGGGUAAAGGUUCACUGAAAAUGGAAGACAAGGACAAAGCACAUGUUGACAAAUUCUCCUGCAGCUUCUUUGGAGAUUUUUCCCUUCAGAAAACUCCAACAUCCUUUGAGGAUGCAAUACAAGUCUACCAAAGCCUGCCAAAACUGCUGGGAGCCAACGGUGAAAACGCUGUACCAGUGAAGGUCUGGCUGCUGCCGCUGACAAGUUUAGAUUCUUCAGCUGCUAAACUCGUCCGUCAGAUAAGCAUAAGAUUAGUUCAGGAGUCACAGAGUGUCCUGGAGGACUUCAGUGAGCUGGAAAUGAGGUGUAAUGAUAUACUGAAAACCACAACUGCACAACAGUUCCCACAAGUUGGCAAAAAGAUUAAAACCUUCAAAGAGAUGUGCUCUGAGUUCAAGCUGGAAUUUCAACGGGUCCUAGCAACGAAACUUCCAGCAAUCAGAGGAGGAGGUGAAGAGGAAUCUGUGCUGGCUGAGAUCCUGAAGAAGAGACUUUCUUCUCCUUUCAACAGCAAGAACCUGAACGAGUGGAUGGACUGCAAAGAGAGAGAGAUUUGCAUUUUAAAGUCUUUCACCACCAUGAUGAAGAACACCAAGAUCCUACCAUCUCAAAAUGGUCUUGAUGAGGAUGUUUUCAGUGCAGAGCAUGCUUUGUGUUUUGUUUUCACCUCACUGGGAAAUGCUGAACCGUACCUCUCAGCCUUAUCAAACUACUUAAAAGAAACACCCAAACCAGGUGACCCUCAAUACUCCCAUACUCAAGAUAUAGAGAAGGAUCAAUGGUACCUUUCAAAAGAAGUGGCAGAUGCAAUGAGGAAUAAAGCAAAGCUCUUCAGUGACUUUGCAGAGGCCAACAUGGAGAAGAAGAACAUUAAGUUCUUGACAAUUGGUUUAACAAAUGAGACACAAAAAGGUUCAAGCAUCUACCUCUACAAAGAUGGCUUUUCUGUCAGUGAGAACUUUGAGCCGCCAUCAAAGCCUGAAACAGUAACAGCAAGUGACAUAACCCACAACAGUGUGACCCUGAAGAUUUCUCCACCAACGUUUGGAGCAGAGAACAUCACCUCCUACUCUGUCGAGUACCGUGUCAGCGGAGAGGACGGAUGGCAACAAAAGACUGAAUCAAACGCUAAAGAAAUCACAGUGAGCGAUCUGAGUCCCAACACACAGUAUAUGUUCAGAUGCAGAGCAGUGACCUCAGUAGGUGUUGGGCCGGCCAAUGAAGUCACCGGUUCCGUUAAAACCUUACCUUGCAGCCCUCCUGGAAAACCACAAGCGGAAUCAAACUCAAGUGAGAUAUCAGUUAGCUGGGAGAAACCUGCUGAGGUGGGACAAGAUGUCCAGAUUUUGAGCUACAUUGUGGAGUACGCCAAAACAGACAACAAACGGCGAGAGGAGGAUCUUCAGUGGAGCCAAAUGAUGUCAAUAGCUGAAAAGGCGAUCAUUUCUGGGCUUCAGUCAGAGACAGAUUAUAUUGUCAGGGUCAGAUGUGAUUGUGGUGGAGCUGGCAGAAGCAAAGAAAGCAUCAGUGUUUAUGUCUGCACAACAAAACGCGAAUUUGCACGACUUGCAGAAUACCUCAAACAUAUUAGCAAGAGUAUACGCUCUGACUCUCCCUCAGUCUACAAACUGCCUCUGGAAAAUGAGGACAUGGACAUCGAUGGAUGUCGGAAGUUCAACUUUGGCAAAGAAAGCAUGAGGCAAAAUCGCACAAUAAUGCUUCUUGGAGCAACCGGAUCAGGAAAGUCAACUCUCAUCAAUGGAAUGAUAAACUAUAUUGUUGGCGUAGAGUGGAAGGACAGUUUCAGAUUCAAAAUAAUUGAUGAGGAUCAGUUGAGAUCACAAGCUGAAAGCCAGACUUCUGAAGUCACGGUGUACAAAAUCAACCACCAGGAGGGUUUUAAGAUCCCCUUCUCUCUGACUGUUGUGGACACACCAGGGUUUGGGGAUACAAGAGGAAUAAGCAGAGACAGGGAGAUCACAGAGCAGAUCCGAAGACUUUUCACCUCUGUUAAUGGAGUCAGUGAGAUUGAUGCAGUGUGUUUUGUUACUCAGGCCUCUCUCGCACGAUUAACAGCAACCCAGCGAUAUGUGUUUGACUCAGUACUCUCCAUUUUUGGCAAAGAUGUGGCGGAAAACAUUGAGAUGCUGGUGACUUUUGCAGAUGGCAAACAGCCACCGGUUCUUGAGGCAAUAAACGUCUCUGGGGUUCCAUGUCCAAAAAAUGACAUUGGGCUUCCAGUUCACUUCAAAUUCAACAACUCAGCAGUGUUUGCAGACAACAGAACCCUAAGUGACAGGGCCUGUGAUGAGGAUUCUGAUGACGAUGAUGACAAUUUUGAUGAAAUGUUUUGGAACAUGGGUGCCAAAAGCAUGGAGAAGUUCUUCACUGCUUUGGGUAAAAUGACAACCAAAAGCUUGCUUAUGACCCAAGAAGUUCUCAAAGAACGAAAGCAGCUUGAAACAGCUGUUGAAGGUUUGCAACCUCAAGUUAGAGCUGGAUUAGCAAAGCUUCAAGAAAUUAAAACAACCAAAGAAAAGAUUAAAGAGCACGAAACAGCCAUGACUUCAAAUGAGAACUUUGAGAUUGAUGUGGAUGUUAUUAAGCCAGUGAAAAAGCAGCUCACCAACAAAGGAGAGUACAUUACCAACUGCCAGAAAUGUUCGAUAACGUGCCACUACCCGUGUGCGAUAGCAAAUGACCAUGAAAAACGUGGCUGUGCAUCAAUGGAUGGGGCAGGGAUGUGCACUGUCUGCCCUGGAAAAUGCAUCUGGAGUGUGCAUUUCAACCAGACAUACAGAUGGGAGUACGAACAAGUAAAAGAGAAGCAGACAGUGAAAGAGUUAAAAGAAAAAUACGAAAAGGCUUCAAAAGAAAAGAUGACUGUUCAGGAACUGAUUGAGAGGCAAGAGGAAGAGAUUGUGCGCCUUCAAGACAUGAUAGUGUCCCUGAUGGAUCAGUCUGCUCACUGCCUAACUCGUCUGCAGGAGAUCGCCUUGAGACCAAACCCCCUGACCACUCCUGAGUACAUUGACAUGCUGAUUGAAGGGGAGAAGUCAGAGGCCAAAGAGGGUUACCAGGUUCGAAUUCAGUCUUUGGAGGCCAUGAAGGAGAGGGCAAAAAUCAUCUCCAAAGUAGCCAAACGAGACCAACUUACAAAAGCACAGGAGGAAUUAUCUGACGAAAAACAGGAAAGGCAAGAAAAGAAAGGCGUCCUUAAGAAAAUAACAAAUUUCUUUGGAUUUUAGGGAAAAGCAUGGCAUAUCAUUGAGAGGCUGUUAUAACAAUAUAAACCACAACGAAACUGGAUGGAUGAAACAUGAUCAUAAUUAAUGUGUACAUUUGGUAUUGUUAUCACAGUAACAUCCUAACCAAGAACCACCCUGACCUGUAAGGUCAUGUCUACAUAACCUGAAUGUUUUAUAAAUAUGGAAAUUUGCUUCUUAUCAUUUUUGAAUUCUGUCAUUUUGGGUGUUGGCGCCAUUAACUUUUGCCACACAGACUUUUGUUUUGUUUGGGAUUUUUUGUAUGUAUUUAGGACUUAAAAUAUACUCCAGUAUUUAACAUUCUAAUAUGCUUAAUGUUUAUGAUUAAAUUCUUUUAGUUUUGCAGCAGUUUCACUCCUCCAAUAAAAACAGAAGUGACAAGUGGUGCCCCACAGGGUUCUGUCUUAGGCCCAGUUCUUUUUAGUCUGUAUGUUACCCCAUGUUAUUACUAUCUAACUGUUUUUGCUGUUGUUGUUUUGAAGAUGUUGAUGGCACAGAAUCAAUGAAAACACAGGGGCUUUAAAGGAAUCUGAGAGGUUACACUGAUUACAGAUUUCAGAUUUAACAUUUGCUUUAUAUUAUGACUCACUUUGUGUAUUUGUCUUUAUUUCUUUAAUGUCAUUUUUUUUAUUUUUGCCAUCUUGUACUUCAAUAGUUAGAAAACUAAUUUGCCUAUCAUGAUGUCAGUACCAGAUGUGGUAUUAAACAUGUUUGGUUUAACGGUGAAGACAACUUAAUUACGUGAAUUUUAUGCAAAUGAAAACAGAAAAUAAAUUGCUCUUGUUCGGUAAGUGUUGUGCUCUCUCUUUAGCCUCUCCUUACUCUAAAUGUGUCAUGCCUGAUGUUUUUGUUAUGCUUUGUUUUUUGAUUUUGGAGUCCAUGUGCCAUGUUUCAUGUUUGUCUUGUCAUGUGUUUCCAUGUGUUAUGUUCAAGGUUUUUGUCAUGUCCUGUUUUAUUUUGAAGGUGUCACUUCCCCUGUGUGUCCUGUUCUCAUGUAGCUUUGCUUUUGGUUUUCCUGAUUGCUUUCUCCCUCCUGAUGUGUGUCACCUGUGUCUCGUUGUCUUGUCUAUUUAGUCCCCGUGUUCCCAGUCACCCGUGUCAGAGGGUUACUUUGUCUUUCACGUCAGUUUGUUGUAUUGUCCUCAGUUCAUGCCAGGAGACCUUUGUCUUGUCUUGUCUUGUCAGGUCUUGUCAGGAGUUUUUGUCUCAGUUUUUCUAUGAUCAAUGGCCACAGUAAGUGUGAGCUUUUUUGAGUUUGAGUGAAUAAAGGCCAUUGUUCGGACCUCUGCCUGCCUGCCUUUUUGACUCUGCGUCGGGGUUCAGCCUUCUCUGCGUCUUUGUGACAAAAUUAUCCUUAUUUAUUGUUUCAGAUCAUUCAAAUUCAAGUUACAAGGCUACAUUUCACAACAGUAAGGAAACAUCUGAAUUGUUUUUAGACCUUAUAUGAAUUAUUGUUAUUACGGCCAAACUGUUCCUGAAAUACUUCUCGGUCUGAAUGUGAGGUUUCCAAAGUCUCAGACUGCUGGACUCCCCUGAGGCCGAGUCAACCACCUUUAGCUUACUUGCUGAAUUCCUGUAUGAACAUACAAAAUGCCUGAUAUUACAGUUUGACAUAAAUUCACAUUACACCAAAUACUUAUAAACGUCUGUCUGAAGGAAUUUAUUGCUGCUGUGUCUCUGAACUGUGCAGGCUUCGAAAUCCUUUGGCCUGCACGGGAGGUUGCUGGCUGUACGUUUUUCUUUUAUAAUUUAGCAGUAACAAAGUACCUUCACUUAUUAUUUCUUAAUCUUAAGCUGACAUCAUGACCGCAGAGAUCUGAAUGUCAGACUG